AUGCAUUCUUGCAUUAUACUUCAGCACGUUUUAUCUCAUAGACGUUUACGUCUUCUCUCUAUAACUUUAUUAUUACUCCUUCCCCUACUCUCUUUAACUCACUCUCAUUUUGUGCAUCGCUCUGUUUCUCUCCCACUUCCUCUGUGCAGCUUGUUAGUUCUCCGUUCUGUUCCUCUUCCCUCUGCUCUUUCUUUCUCGUUCUGUUUAUCUCCAUCGAUCUUUCACUCACAUACCCAUGCUCUUCUUCUCUUUCUUUAUCUCUCUCUCUCUCUCAUUCUGUUUCUCUCACACGUUCUCCCACUCUCUCUCUCUCUUUCUCUCUCUCUCUCUCUCUCUCUCUCACACACACACACACACACACUCGUUAUCUCGCCUUCUCUCUCUUUCCACCCCCGGUUAUCUCUCAUUCUGUUCUUCUCUCGUUCUCCCAAUCUUUCUCGUCCUUCCCCCCUCUCUUUCUAUCUCUCUUAUUCUUUCUGUUUAUUUCCCUCGUUUCCUCUUCUCAUUCAUUUUCUCUCUUUCAUUUUCUCCCGAUCUACGAUCGUUUAUUACUUUUCUUUCUUUCUUUUCACGUUUUUCUAUCUCUCUUUUCCUUUUUCUUUCUUUUUGUUCGCGUAUUUAUUUCCUUCUUUUUUCCUACUCUUCCUUGUUUCUUUCUUUUCACGUUUUUUUUCAUUCAUUCUUUCUUUUUACUUUUGUCUUAAUUCUUUAUUUUCACAUUUUUCUUUCUUUCUCUCUUUUCCUGUUUUCUUUUUUUCUUUCUUGCUUUUUACGUUUUCCUUUCUUUCCAUUCCUUUGUCUUUCUUUCUUUUCGCAUUUUUCUUUCUUUCCUUUCCUUUUUCUUUCUUUCUUUCUUUUCACUUUCUUUUCUUCAAUCUUUCUUUGUUUCUUUUCUUUUAUUUUAUUUCUUUUCAUUUUUUUCUUUCUUUUCUUUCCUUUUCUUUCUUUCUCUCUUUCUUUUCAUUUUUCUUUCUUUUGACUUUUUCUUUCCUUUCACUUUUCUUUCUUUUUGCGACUAUUUUUCAUUUUCUCUUUCCUUUUUCUUUCUUUCUUUCUUUCCUAUUCCUUUUCUUUCUUUUACGACUAUUUUCCCUUUUCCCUCUUUCCUUUACUUUCUUUCUUUCUUUCUUUCUUUAUUUCCUUCUUUCUUUUUUUCUUUCUUUCUUUUUCUUCUUUUUCUUUCUUUCUUUUUCCUUUUUCCAUUUUUUCUUUUUCUUCUGUAUUUCCAUCUUAAUUUCUUCCUCUUUUUCAUUCAUUCUUUCUAUCAUUUUGCCAGUCUUUCUACGUUUCAUUUUAGUCUUUCUCUUGCAUCCUUGCUGGUUUUCUCUCAUUUUUCAUUCACUCAUUCCCUUCAUUUUUUAUUCACUCAUUUCCUUGAUUUUUAACCCCCCUUUCUGUACUUUUCCAACUACGUUCUCUUCUCCUUCAUUCACCCUUUCUUUCUUUGUGCCAGUCUUUCAUUCUCGUCAUUCUUUUUUUCCAUUUUCAUUCCGUCUUUCAUUCUUUUCGCUAAUAUUUCUUUCUGUUUUUCAUUCUUAUCUCUUAUUCGUUCGUUCUUUUCCUUUAUUUUUUAUUCAAUUAUUUCUUUCGUUUUAUAUGUCAUUUACUUUAUUUUCAUUGCUUCCUUGCUUUCAUUUACUCUUUCUUUCUUUCUUUUUUUCUGAAUCCUCAUUUUCGUUCUAA